AACAGGGCGCGGCUGGGGGCUGCCGGGAGAGGCGAGGGGCUGGAGGAAGCUUGGCGGGGGGCGGCUGCCGUAGCGACGCCGCCAGGAGGCGCGCGCUAGAGGGCGGAGGCGACCGUGCCCUGCCAGGCGGGCGCCUCCGACGGGGCGAGUUCAAGGAGCGCGGACUUGCCCGGGCGGGCGCGGUCGCGGGCGGCCGCAGGAGGCAGGGCCGCCGCGGUCGGCCGGGGUGAGCCCUGGGAGCCGCGGGGCCAGCGCGGGCGCAGGCGGAGAGGCUGCUGGGGCAUGCGGGGAGAUGAGGCUCAAGCCCGGCAGCAUCGUGACAUUUCUGUGCCUCGGCGCCGCCUUCUGCUUUGUCUGCUUCACCGCCUGGAGCAGGAGCGGAGGAAGUGGCUUAGACAUGUACCAAAGCCAGUUUUUGGAACUUCAUCAAAGAUUGUUAUAUGCUGAAAAAGAAAAUAAAAAAAGAUCCCGUGAAUUGAGCAUUGUCCUGGAUGCAGUUAAACGGGUAGUUGCGGAGAGACUGAACUCUACAGCAAAUCAUACAGAUGUCAUGAAGUGGAAAGUGUUAAAUUUCAUCAGCAAGUUCCCUUUGCAUCUUACAAACAUACACUACUACCUACCUCACCUCCGGGAGCAUGAAAACAGCCUUUAUCCAAAUGUUGUCAUUGGACAAGGGAGAACUGGAGUCUCCCUGGUGAUGGGUAUUCCUACUGUGAAAAGGGGAAAACAAAGUUAUCUGUUGGGCACGUUGAACUCUCUCUUCUAUGAGAUGUCUGCAGAGCAGAAGAAUGAUUGUGUAGUGGUUAUCUUUGUAGGAGAGGUGAAUGCAGAGUAUGUUAACAAUAUUGCAGAAAGUGUUAGAACCAGCUUCCCUAAUGAAGUGCAGUCGGGCGUUCUUGAGAUUAUUUCCCCUCUUGCUUCCUAUUACCCAGACUUCUCCAAUCUCAAGGAAACAUUUGGAGACUCAAAGGAAAGAGUAAGGUGGAGAACUAAACAGAAUUUGGAUUAUAGCUUUUUAAUGCUAUAUGCACAAUCUAAGGGAACAUUUUAUUUACAGCUAGAAGAUGAUAUUGUAGCAAAACCUCAGUACAUUCAGAAAAUAAAAACCUUUGCUCUUAAACAGCCCUCUGAUGAGUGGAUGAUUCUUGAAUUCUCUCAGCUUGGAUUUAUUGGAAAGUUGUUUAGGACUAAAGAUUUACCACUCAUAGUAGAAUUCUUUUUAAUGUUCUACAAAGAUAAGCCCAUAGACUGGCUUCUAGACCACUUACUCUGGGUUAAAGUAUGCAGUCCAGAAAAGGAUCCAAAACAUUGUGAACAGCAAAAGGCCUAUUUACGUAUCCGUUCUAAGCCAUCUCUUUUUCAGCACGUGGGAAUUCAUUCAUCUUUGGCUGGGAAAAUACAGAAUUUAAAAGAUAAAGAUUUUGGCAAAAACAUGCUACAUAAAGCACAUGUUAACCCCCCUGCAAAAGUGACUACUAGCCUAAGAAUAUUCCAGCAUUAUACUUUGGAAAAGGCUUAUGAAGGAAUGGACUGUUUUUGGGCUUUUUCUCCAGUGGCUGGAGAUUAUAUCUUAUUCACUUUUUUACAGCCAUUGAAAGUAGAAGGGUACCUCUUUAGAAGUGGAAACAUGGAACACCCUGGUGAUAAACUGUUUAACACUACUGUAGAAGUUUGGCCUGCUGCUGAAACAGAAUUAUUAAAAGAUGCAGUAGGCCAUGGAGGCAAAGUUAACGACCAAACAACCAAAGAUGGAUAUUUAAAGACAGGGUACUGGGAUGUGCGAGAUCCCCUGAUUCAAGUCCCUCCUCAGCCUGAUGAGAAGAAAGGAUGUGAACAGGGAUCUGCCAUCAUCCCCGGUAUAUUUGAUAAUGGAAUAGCAGAAGGCAUCAUCAGUCCAUCAGUAGGAAAAAUACAGGCUAUUCGUUUAUCUAUCCAUUCUGAUUCUCCUGUGUGGGCAUUACUGAGUGAGAUAUUGAUCAAGACUUCCUGAAAAUACAAAACUGCAGAAAAUCACAUUUUUGAUGUGUCUUUUCUUAAGGAUUGCUUUGAAAACCAGGCCACCUAGUGGUAGCAGCAAAUGGUCUGCUGGGAAAAAAAAUAACAAACCUUUGUGUACUAUUACUACUACUCCUUAACUACUUAAUACUGUGUAUUAAAAAGUGGGCGGGGGGAGGGACCUAAAAUUUUCUUUGAAGGACUUGAAUAUUUAAAAAACAAAUCUAUAAAAUGUUCCUGGAAGAUCUUUUAGAAGCAUAAAUGCUUUAUUAAUUUGAAUACAUAGACAUAUCACAGGGAGUGACUACACUACUGUAAAAUUAAAAUAAAAUAGUCAUUGUUAAAGACAAGAUGUUAUAAAGACCUCCCAGAGGGAACAGAACAUUAAAGUCCUUAUUCCAAAUUCAGUCCCACCAGAAAUAGGGACAUUUGGGAGAAAAAAAACAACACUUUUUAAAUUCCUUUGAAAUAUUGACAGAGCAUUUUGGAGGAGAAGUGGAACAGAGUGGGAAAACAAUAUUUUGCUAUAAUACAUAGGACAAUCCAUCCUAACUAGGGACAGUUUAUCAAUAUGGAGAGCAUACUGAAGUUUUAUGAUAAUUUGAGGGUGCUUUCUGUUAACUAAUAUUUCAGCCUUGAAGCCCAUUUAAGAUAGGGUAUGGUUAGUACCUACUAAAUAGAAAGCCCCUUUAAGUUAUCAUUUAAAUAAUAUUAAUCUUAAACAGUUUUUCUCUAGUGAAAUGUACACUACACUGUAAAAUUGUAAACUGAAUUAAUUGUAAAUAAUAAAUUAUUUCCUGAAUUGUAUGUGCUGGUGCCUAAAUCCUAGUCACAAAGAGGCACAACUUAGUAUAAAUUUUAAAUUAAAAAUAUAAACAGGAGAAGCUCCAUUUAAAAUGAAUAUAAUAAGGAAUCCAUAAUACACAGUCAGGUCUGGUGUUAGUGUCAGACUUAUACAUAUACCUCUUUAGCACGAAGUGUGCAUACUGUGUCUCUCUCACACACAGUCAUUGCACAUAAUACCAAAAAAUAACUACUUUAUACCAGUUUUGCAGCAGUUUAACUUCACUGACAUCACUGUGGGCCCACAUGUUUCUAAACAAAAUAAUAAUAAAUUUUAGAGCAAGAUAACUUCAUUUAAAAUCCACUUUCUUUACAUUGUUGAAACGGAUCAGCAGUUCAUGGUCUUUUUUUAAAAAAAAAAUCUUGUUUUAAUAGUAGAGUAUUGUUGAUAACGUAUGGUAUUAAGUAAAUAACAUUCUGAGAUUUACAUUUGUGUCAUUUAACCCUAAGCAGGGAGCAGUACAGAACUGUAUACCUAAGGGGGAAGGAUUGUUCCCAGCUUGCAAGGAGUAUGUGCUCUAGCUAUCCUAUUCCUUAGGACAUUGCAGCUUGAUCACCUGGCACACCCAGGCAGUAAUAUAAAAUGGGGUGGGUCCAUACGUCUGCCUCUUCCUCAUCCCUUUUUAGGCAAUUUCCAGUGAGGUUCCAAUCUUGCAAAUAUGGACACACAUGAGAAAUUUUAGUUGCAUGAAUAGUCAGGGAUUUACAUACAUGUUUGCAAGACUGGGCCCUCACCAUGGAGCCUUGUGAUCUGCAAAGUCUGCAGACCACACCUGCUCCCCAUUCUACGGUGCAACAAACCACUCUGCUUAGUGGGAAGAUGCAGAGGAAACUGUGAGGGGAACUUACCCUCAUCUGUGUCUAAUAAGUGAAGUAUGAUUAAAAGAAGUGAGAUUAAUAUAGGUUAAAAAAUCUGUUUAGGCAAUGAAGAUGUAGGUAUAUACUGUACAAUAUACAGUAUGGUACAGCAUACUACCAUUCUCAUUAAAAACAUUUAAUGGGCCAAAUGUUGCAACCUUCAGAAGGCCUCAAAGGUAAUGGAAUAGGAUAGUUCACUCAGUGUUACAGAAGUCCAAUCUGCACAGAAUUCACGCCCUUCUUCACCUGAAAUACUGUAGCAUCUCCAAGGAAAACAUACACUUCCAUGGGGUAUUGCAUUCCAGAAAGACAGAAGCAUGUGAUUGAGGCCCAAACUUUUCAUUUUUCUUUUAACUGACCUUUAGAAACCCCAGCCAAUGUGAAAAUAUUUAAACCAAGCUUAUUUUCUGAGACCUCUGUUCAGUUCUAAAGUGCACUGCAGUUUUUGGCACAGUAUUCUCUGUUAAAAUGACACUGGGUCCCAGAAUCAUUAUGUACAUCUUCAGGUUUUCUGUCAGAAUCCUGCAGUGCUAAACCUGAGUUUUUAAUUGACUGCAGUUUCUAUAGUUUGAAUCACAUUGUUAUAUUGCAGUGUGCUCCUCCUACCAUUGAAAUAAAGGGAAGAACUGAUAAAGUGGGAGAAGCAUGGCCUCCCAGAAUCUUUUGUCAAUUAAGUGCCUGAACCAACAAGGUGCGGAGUGCCUCCUGCAAGGUGCUAAACACUCUGUUGCCACAUUAAAUGCCCCCCUGAAUUUGGUGCGGGGAGUGGCAUGGUCUAGGAAAAGAUUUAGGUAAGCUGUAAACCACUGAAAAUAGACCUAGAAUGAUAGUGCCUUGUAGUUUAAGCUAGUAUAACUCUUUUGCUACUUAAAAGAACCCUCUUUUUUUUUCCCUUCAAAUAAACUUCCCUUAAACUUUGAAGUAAAAUGUCAGAAAGUUCACAUUGCUUUGAUCAACCUGAUUUCUUCAGGGGUAACUAACUGCACUGCUGUAGAAAUUUUUCCUUCCAUGCAUUCAACCGUCUAUCUAGUCUAAUCUGCCUACUUAUGUUCUUAUAUGUUCCCCAUCAUUGUGAUAUCUGGGAGCCUUAACCAUUCACUUUGAGGAAGUAUAGGCACAUUAUAAAUAUUAAAUUAGUGUAAGUAUUGCUUAUAAAUAGUGACUGUUGUGGGCCAAACUUUGUUUCAAACCUCUCCCGCAGUGAGCUGUGUGUGGCCAGAGAGGUCUGCCUGUACAAAACUUAUUGCAGAAUCAGAGCCCUAAUCACCCUGGUGUAAAGCCAAACUGACUGGAUCAUUGGAGUUACUCUGGAUUUUCAUUAAGGGUAAUUGAGAACCGAGUUUCAUACUCUAAAUUUUCUGAUACCUAAAAGGUGGUUGUUAGAGUAACAGUAAACUUGAGGCUGUGUUGUGAGCCGCAGGAGAUACAAAUCACAGAAUUCUAGCAGGUUAGUAUUAAAGUUUGGUGUCAGCAGGCCUGAUUCUGCUCUUCUUUACAGUGGCGUAAGUGGAGGGUAACUUCAUUGAAAUAAACAGCAACUCUGGAUUUAAACCAGUGUAAAUAAGAACAGAAAUCUGGCUCGGUAAUCCAAAUUUCCUACUGUAGCUUCACAUUAUGUAUUUUACAUUAAAGCUAACAGUGGAAGCUACAAACCUGCAACUCCAGGGAAUUAACUCCAUAGUUUUGCCCCUCCAUAUAGGUGUUUAGCUCAAAAGAAGAGGCUAUUGAACAGGCAGUACAUUCAUGCUGACCCUUCAACUUGUGACUCAAACCUGAGAGUUGCACUGCAAACCAGAGCACUGAACCAAGAGAACUUACAUAAGAAAUGUCUGGGGACAGUGACAUGACUGUUGUAGAAUCCCCUGGUGGGCUCAUUAAGAACUGGCAAUGGUCCCACCUACACAUUUGUCAGCAAGUGCCAGGGAAUCGCACCAGAGCUGGCUGAUACUUGAAAGAAGUGGAAAAAGAGGAUAAGGAACAUUAGAUCAUAUGAGACCUCAUAGAGAACAAAAGCAUUCUUUGUAUUAUACGUGUUUCUUGUACAAAUACUGUAAACACAAAGCAUGAAGGAAAGAUUGUAAAUGCCAGUUACAAAAAUAAAACAUAAAAUGGCAACAUGUCAGAUUCCAAAGCAGGGCACUGAGCUCUUUCAGUAAGAAAUACUAUUUUAGUACAAGCACUAUAUUGCCUUUAUGGGGUUUAAAAAAAAUUCUCCAAAACACAGGAUGCCUCAGACUUAUUACACACAUUAAUAAUUAGUUUAAAAGAUAUGGAAAAAACUUCAAACAAAUACUUACAUACUAAUGAUGCUUGUUCAACCUAUUUAAUUUUCAUUUAAAUGCAAUGAGAAAGUGACUGACCCUCUAGUGCCUAUGUUUUAGCAGUCUGGUUUUAGAUUUUUUUUUUUCCCCAUGGACUUUUAAAGGAAAAUCCUAAAAUCUGGUUAGGUCUAAAAGGAAUUAUCCAUCUGGUUUUAUUAAUUUCUUUGUUGAAUUAUUUAUUGAUAUCUUAAGGUUCUGUGCUCUGCAGGAAAAAUUCUACCUUCCUUCAUUAUGUGACCAGUUGCAUAAGUAAGGGAAGCUCCAUGUGGUCCUUCUUGAUACCUGUGCAUAACUACUGUUAAUACUAAUAGGCAUGCACCCUGAGAAGAGAAUAGAUCCCUUUGAGACAAGAAUAAUCCUUCAGAUAUAGUUGAGAUAUGUAGGCCAAACAAAUUAAUACAGCCAUGUAAUUAGAUUAAAAUAGAUCUUUAAAAAUAUCUAAAUUAAUGUACAGACCACACAUGGGAGUUCCUCCUUCCACAUCCACUCUUCCUCUUUCUCCAUUACUUAUAAAUCACAAUCUUUGUAGAUGUUUAACUCUAUUUUUUAUGUUGCAUAAACUGUUUGUCUUGUCAGGGUAUUUCUACGUUUUGUCUUAUUUAUUGCAAUAAAUAAAUUUUUCUCCAGA